GCGCGCUCCCGCUCGGCUCUGAAUGGGGGCUCGGUCCAGCCGGUGACAGCUCGUCCAGUCCGUCUGAUCCACGGUCCGCCGCUCCGACACCACCGGCCGUCCUCGGGCCCCGCUCCUCCGGUUCUGCACAGGUAUUCAGGAAUGAGAAAUGAUGGCCGGCUCUGCAGCAGAGGAGAAAACCUUCCGCCGGUUCCUGGAGCUGUUUGUCCGGGAGAUGAGGCUGCCUCUGCAGGAGGGCGACCCGGUGCCGAUGCGCCCCUUGUCGGACCUGGUGACGGAGGACGAGGUGGAGGGGGAAUGCCUGGACCUGUGCCUGCAGCACCUCUACAAAUAUAACUGCCCCUGCUCGCUGGCAGCCGCUCUGGCCCGCGCCACCGCAGACAGCCUGCUCCAGUCCGAUCUGUCCAUCCAGAACCUCAACAAGGCCGUAGAAGACGGCGCCGACCCGUUGCCACAGAUGGAGUCGGUGAAGAUGGCGCGGUUGGUUUUUAACAGACUGUUUGAGAUUUGCUGCCUGUGGCAGAAGGAGCUGCCGUUCCGCCGCCGCCCGCAGCCGUACUACGAAACGUCCAUCCACGCCAUCAAGAACAUGAGGCGCAAGAUGGAGGACAAGCACGUCAUCAUCCCCGACUUCAACACACUCUUCAACAUUCAGGAUCAAGAGGAACAGGCGUUCUUUGCUGUGUUUGACGGACACGGCGGCGUGGAUGCAGCUAUUUAUGCCGCCAACCACCUUCAUGUCAACCUGUUCCACCAGGAAUCCUUCAGCCAGGAUCCCAGCGACGCUCUGUGCCGCGCCUUCAAGCUGACUGACGAGCGCUUUGUGAAGAAAGCCUCACGAGAGCACCUGCGCUGUGGAACCACUGGGGUGGUGACUUUCCUGCGAGGCCGGACGCUGCAUGUCGCCUGGCUGGGAGACUCCCAGGUGAUCCUGGUGCGGCGAGGGCAGGUGGUGGAGCUGAUGAAGCCACACAAACCAGACAGAGAGGACGAGAAGCAGAGGAUCGAGGCUUUGGGAGGAUGUGUGAUUUGGUUUGGCACAUGGAGGGUCAACGGGAGUCUGUCUGUAUCCAGAGCAAUAGGCGACUCGGAGCACAAGCCGUACAUCUGUGGGGACGCCGACCACGGCAUCUUCCCAUUGGACGGCUCAGAGGACUACCUGAUCCUGGCCUGCGACGGGUUCUGGGACACGGUGAGUCCCGACGAGGCAGUGCGCGUCGUCAGCGACCAUCUGCAGGAGAACGCCGGCGACACCACCAUGGUGGCCCACAAGCUAGUGGCCUCCGCCCGAGACGCAGGCUCCAGCGACAACAUAACUGUCAUAGUGGUGUUCCUGCGCGACCCGCGCUCCCCGCCGCCCGCCAGCACGGAGGACGAAGAGGAGGGCGGGGCGGAGGAGCCGGUGGAGGAGGAGGAGGUCACCGAGGUGGAGGAGGAGGAGCAGGAAGAAGAGGAGGAAGAAGAUGAAGCAAUGAGAGUAGAGCGAGACGGAGGCGAGGGAGGCAGCGCCGCAGACGUGGGAGGAAAAAGCCGCGGCGGCUGGCCUCUGCAGCAGUGCUCGGCUCCAGCGGACCUCGCCUACGAAGACCGGACGGACUCAUUCACGGACAGAACCAGCCUCAGCUUGCUGGGGCCGUCGCUGGAGAGCCACAUCAGCCCCAGCAGCUACCGGGGAGCGCGCCCCCUGAGACGCAGGCCGCGCUUCCCGUUCCAGCAGCCCGGCGCCGCCGGCUUCACGGACCCACUGUGGCCCCAAACGGCCGCGCUUUUAGGCCAAGCCUCCAGGCGAAGCCGCGUCAGCCGCCGAUCGGGUCGUAGGUGGCCGAGCAGAUCCAAAGAGCUGCUGGGUCUGAUACCGUCGGGCCACACGCAGAGUUCCGCCCCCAGGAGGCCUGGAGUGGCAGUGCCUCACCGACCCUAUGAUGCCACCAUCUGAAGGGAGGCCGCGCCCUCUGCUGACCCCAAGUGGCGUUUCUGAGUGACGCCGUCUCUCAAGAGCAAACUCUGAUUGGCCAGAUCCCACUGCAGAAAUGUGUCCAAAAUUAUCAUCAUUAUUAAAAAGUUGAGCAACAAAAUAAGAAGCUGAGGGUUCAACUUUUUCAGAAUAAGUUAAAAUUUUUGAGUGAUGUAUUUAAAAUUGUUUUGUUUUGAACUAUUUUUCUUAGUGUCACAUUAUUUCAGGAACUAAAACGGUUUUUGUUUUAAAGUAUCAACAUUCAUCCCUACCUACUUAUAAACGCCUGAAAAAUGGCUCCUGUUUGCUACUAAAACAGAAGCUCUUAUUUUGAAAUGUAAGCAGACUUUCUCUGUUAAGAGAAGGCACUAUGUAGACGCAACUAACGGCGCUAAUGCUAACACAAAAUGUCCGCCGUUAUCCCAUCAAAGUGCUUAAACUGUAACUAAUCCCAAAGUCUUUUCUGGGUUACAACAGCAAGCCUGCGUAACUAAGAAAAUAAAGGACAGUUUGAUGCCAAAGACGUCAGCUAGCAACAUUUAAAAAAGAAAAUCUAGUGACAGAUGUUAAUUUGGUCCAAUCAGGUGUGGCUCUUGAGAAACGCGUUGCUUUGGAAACGCUGCUUCACCUGCAGAGACUCCCGUCUGUCUGAAGGUUCAGCCAAACCAAACCGUUUCCGUGGUUCUUCACUUCUCCCCUUUGCCUUCAACCACAUAUUUCUUUGAUAGUAAGUAGUUGUGGCUCCUGCAGUCAUUCUGUGAUAAUCAGUGGAUGUUAGAGGACCGCUACUCUGUCCGAAACGUUUCUCACUGUAAGCUGAACACUAACCUGCUGCCGCUUUAGACCCAAACAUCCUCUCUGUGACCUCUGACCAGCCGGUAUGAAGCCAGAGCUCCAAAUGCUGGACAGUCGGAUGUUUUCACAGGUUGAAUGUAACGUAAAUGUUUUAAAAAAGCCACUGUAGUUCUACCUGCAUGUGGAGCAGAGCGGUUACUGCAGACAACACAAAUAAAGUCGGAGCUGUCUCACUUCAGGAAAAAGAAACAGAAAUUUCAAGUAAAUUGUGAAAUCAGUCUCCUGGACUCCAACACCUGAUAUUAGUUUAGUUAGAGUUUAGUUCUGUUUUGGGCUGUGAACGCCUCAAGUGAUUAGAAAUAUUAACUUCCAUUCAUUUAUUUCUGUGCCUCUGUAGAGAGAAGUUAUUUCCUGAACUUCUCUCUCACAGCAGCUCAUGUUAACUCAUUUUGUUCGGCAUUCAGUAAUGUAAUAAUUUAGUGUAUCUCACCACACUCGUACGUUUUUAAAGACUUGGAUAUUGUAACCAUGGCGACGGCUUUUUCAUUGUAGACACUUUCACAAAAACACAACAAAUCCAGGAAGUAUUCGCAUCUCUACGUGUUGCAGGGAGAAACUUUCCUCGGUCCAAGAAAUCUUCCUCAUUUUAGCAAGAUGAAAAAACCCAAACCCUCAUUAAAACCAAAAUCUGUUCUCUUAAAUAAAGAAAGUUGUUGCAGUAAAACAGUGAAAAUCUCUUCAGAUUUUUACAUGUCGCCUGGAGGAAACAUGGUUAGUGUCUUUUUAACAAGUCGUAAUCGGUCAGAGGAGUGAAUUUGGAUGUUUUUUACGAUCAUGCAAACGUCAACAUCGGACGAAAUGAGUCUGGAUUCGCUUCUAGCCAGAAACACGCAACAGUAACAUUUUCUCUUUUGCAAGAUUUUAAAACUUUCCUCAAAAUUCGCUUGACGAUCGAAUGACAACAUCCAAUCUGCACUUUGACCUGAAGCGUAACGAACCCACUCCCAAAGCCAAGCCCCGCCCCUGGCCAGCAAAGUGGGCGGAGCCAAGAGACACGUGAGGGAGGGGCUGCGAUCAGAACGCAGCAAUCACUGGUGUCGACUCGUCCACUGUGUCGCUAAAUUGAUCCAUUUUUCAGACAACUGACUUUUUUCAAAACUAGCGAGUGAUAAAUCCAGCCUAACCUCAGUGUUGGAGGUUUUAUUGGCGACAGUCCUGAGCCAGCAGCGAGAGCCGCCAUUAGUCACAGUUAGCUGUCAUUAGCCACUGUUAGCUGUCAUUAGUUGCUGUUAGCCAUAGUUAGCUGUCAUUAGCCACAGUUAGUUGUCAUUAGCCACAGUUAGCUGUCAUUAGCUGCUGUUAGCCACAGUUAGCUGUCAUUAGCCGCAGUUAGCUGUCAUUAGCUGCUGUUAGCCACAGUUAGCUGUCAUUAGCCGCAGUUAGCUGCCGUUGGCUCCUCCAUCUUCCUCAGCACUGCAGCCAGUCUGAACUGUUCCACUCUGUCAAUAUUGCAAAUAAACCACAGAUUUGUAAAGUUGUGUAUUGAUCAAUGGUCACCAGUCACCAUGGCAACGCUAGCCACUCCAGCUCCUGACCCGUCCAGGGAGGAAGCGCUGUGCUUUUAUACAGGAAGUGAUGAAGUUUUACUAAUCUGCUGCAACCAAAAGAAAAAUUCAACGUCACCGUUUGAGCCAAAUAAAUCCAGAUAAGAAGAAAAAGUCAAAAUAAUCAAUUUGGACAAUUUAUCAAACAAAAAGUCGACUUGGGCGAGUUUCACUUUCUGCUCUCAUUAAACCAGAUGCUCUUUAGCUCAACUCUGAGUACAAAAGUGUAUGAAUACUUAUGCACCUAUAAUGUUUAAUUUGUACAACAGAAUACUAGAAAAUAAAACCAUUAAAUUAGUAGAAUAAUGUCAGAGUAUUACGACUUUAUUCUGGUUUGAUUAUUCCCAAUCGUUCUCUUAUCACUCUUGUUUUACUGUCAAUUUAUCCUUGUAUUAUUUUGACUCUAUUCUCAUGAUUUUAUAGUUUAUUCCUGUAAUUUUGUCUUUUUUAUUUCUUAUUAGUAUGUCCCAAAUGCUUGGUAGGAAAAUGUCUUUAUAAAUGUCCGAAUAUAUAUAUUUUUCCUCUUUAUGGCCGAUUUUAGUUCCAUUUUUUCUCCGAGGAAUUUCUUCAAAUAGGUUUUAGAAAAAGUUUCCAAGUUCAAAAACAUGGAGAAUACAAAGAGGUGUGAAUAACGUCUGCUGGCACUUUACAUUCUGAUUAAUAUUUUCCUUCAUUGCCACUAACAGAUAUUGGACCAAAUCUUUCUGUCCAUCCUGGAAAGAGAAAUAUUCUGUGAUUUUGCUCCUUUCUUAUGAAUACAGAGUGAAAAAU